CCGGCGCGGGCGGUUCCGGGGCGGCGGCGGCGGCGGCGCAUGGCGGCGCUUCCGCUGCGGGCGCGGCGGCACCAUGAACUACAUGCCCGGCACGGCCAGCCUGAUCCAGGACAUCGACAAGAAGCACCUGGUGCUGCUGCGGGACGGCCGGACGCUCAUCGGGUACCUGCGCAGCAUCGACCAGUUCGCAAACUUGGUGUUGCACCAGACUGUGGAGCGCAUCCACGUGGGCAAGAAGUAUGGGGACAUCCCUCGGGGCAUCUUCGUGGUGAGGGGCGAGAACGUGGUGCUGCUGGGGGAAAUUGACCUGGAGAAGGAGAGCGACACGCCUCUGCAGCAGGUGUCCAUCGAGGAGAUCCUGGAGGAGCAGCGGGUGGAGCAGCAGGCCAAGCAGGAGUCGGAGAAGCUGAAGGUGCAGGCGCUGAAGGAGAGGGGCCUCUCGGUGCCGCGGGCCGACACGCUGGAUGAGUACUGAGGGUGCUGCCCCUUCCCUGCAGGGAGCGAGGGCUGCUCCAGGGCCCGCCUGGGCAGGGACAGACUGCCUCGGAAAGGCGGGUUUCCUUUGCAGAUUGUAUUUUCCGUGGUGCUGGUAACUGUACACAAAUCAUGCCUUUAGUCUCCUUCUGGAGAAGGAGAUGAGGAGGGCCCAGCGCACUGGGAGUGCAAGCAUUUGUGUUUGGGAGGCAAAUCACUGCUCCUUGGGUUUGUUUGCUUUUUUCCUCCUCACAUGACUCUGGGUGAGAGUUUUCCUUGACAUGUAAAUAAAUCCUUCAUCCUGACAUCGAUGGCUUUCCGGUAUUCUGGUCCUGGCAGUUCCCCCUCUCUCAGGACAAGCACCCCUCAGGCCAGCUCCAGUCCCCUCUGUGCUGUGCAGGGACAGACGGGACCCCUGGGCUCACUCUGAGAGAAUGCUGGAGCCCAGGGCAAGAUCCUGCUCUGGGAUGGGGACCCUGUACCCCAGCACAGACCACUGGUACCCCCCAGCUAGGCUGUGCCACUCCCCUGCAGCUGAACCUGCUAAUUACCAGCUGAACCCGCUAAUUACCUGCUGGUGAAGAGCUGCUGCACCUGGGGCACGGCAGAGCCUGGAGCUCCAGCCCCUCCUCGCCUGGGUGCUGGGGGAGCUGCUGCAGCUGUGUCAGGCUGCAGAGUCCUUUGCCCCGGCCCUUCCGAGGGGAGGAGAGGCCUUGGCCUCGGGGCUGGCUCUGGGCAGCUGCCAGGCCCCAGGAGCUCCUGGGUGUGGGCAGGGAAAGGGCAAACCUCGGCAGGGACAAUCCCUGUGGAACCUCCCCUGGGCAGUGGGAGUUCUUUGGGUGAGGAGCCCAUGCUGGGGGACGGAGGACAAGCCCAGCUCUGCUUGCUGGGGCUGAGCACAGCUGUCCUGGAGAGCUGACAGCUGCUGUGGCCAGUGCUGGCCCCCUCUCACUGGCCCAGGGACCUCUCGCUUCAGGGGGAAACAUUUCUGCCCCGUUGGGCUUGAGUGGGUGCUGUGGGUUUGGGCAUAGCAAAGGUUUAAACAAGGAAAUUCUAUUUCUUGUUCUAAGAGAAUUUAAUAAAAAGCAUUUAUGGAG